AUGAAUUAUCUUUAUUUAAAUAAUGUAACUCAACAACCAAUAACUCAUUCAUAUGUUUUUAAUAAACGAAAUGAAAAAAUUGAUUGGCGUCGAAUUGCUGCUGUUGAUGUUGAAAGAAUAGCACGAGAAUUAGAUUUUCAAGUAUUACAAGAUAAUAUUGAACAUAUUGCAUUAUGUAAUAUUGAUAUGGAAAUUGAUACUCGAGCAAUGGAUCCAAAUUUUGUUAAACUUUAUAAAAUGGCUCAAUUAAUAAUUGAAUAUCUUUUGCUUUGUCAAGAUCAAAUAUCAAGUCAAUUAGUUGAUUAUGAACAAAUAAAAAGCAAAACUUUUCAAGAUCACGAAGAAUCACGUCGAGAAAUGGAAAAAUUAAAAAAUGAUUUAAAUACAACAAAAAAAGAAUCAAAAAAACGAAAAAAAAUGAUUGAAACAUUACAAAAAAUGUUAACGAAUCAACAACCAGCUCAUCAUACAUGUCCUAUUUGUGCACAUUCAUUUUUAAGUGUAGAUUAUUUACAAGCACAUAUACAUCGUCGUCAUCCAGAAUAUGGUUCUGGUGGACGACGUGAACAUGAUGUUGAUAUGGAAAAAGAAAAUCAACGUAUUAAAGAUGAAUUACGUACGAAAGAAACAGAAUUACAACUUAUUAAAGUACAAAAAGGUCUUGAUGAAGAUAAAAUUCGUGAACGUGAUGGAAAUAUUCGUCAACUUAAAGAAGAAAUGCAAACAUUUGUAAAAAAAAUGACAGAAUUAGAAGAAAAAUAUUUUACAUUAAGAUCUUCUACACAAAAUCAACCAACAUCACCUCGUCAACGUGAAACUGGUGUUAAAGAAUUAUUAAAAGAUAAUAAAAUUUUACGUACUGAAAAUGAACAAUUAAAACAAUCAUCACAACAAGCAGAAAAUAAUUUAAAAAAACAAAAUCGACGUCUUGAACGUGAUAUACAAAAACUUCAAAAACAAAUAAAUGAUUUAAAUGAAAAUAUUCGAAUAUUAGAAAAUACAUCUGGUAAUACAAAUCAAUUAUCUGAACAAUUAAUUCAAUUACGCAAUCGAUAUAAUGAAGAAAAAAAUCGACGUAAAAAUUUACAAGAUGAACUUGAUGAAACUAAUAAAAAAUUAGCUAAAUUUCAAAAUCAACCACACUCUAAAAUCGAUCGAAAAUCACCUGUACCAACUCCUCGUUCAAGUGUUUCACCUCCACCAAUUCGACCAACUAUACGACCUGGUCAAACAAUAGAAAUAUUUUUACCACAAUAUUGUCCAAGUCUUGUUCGACAAAUAAAUCAAAAUCCACGAUAUUUAAAUCAUUUUCGAAAUGAAACAAAAAAUCAAUUGAAUGAUGAAUUUCAACAACAUGAAGAUUUAAAUAUCAAUGAAAGAGAUACUCGUCUUAGUGACAAAGAUUAUCCAACGAAAAUGAAAAUUAUUGAACAAACAAGACAAAACAUACGAAUGGAGCUACCAAAUUUUGAACGUAUACGUAGUGAACUAAGUCAAACAUUAGAUAAAAUUGCAAUGGAUCGAAUAAAAAAUCAACAUUCAAGUGGUAAACCUAGUCGUUCAUCAACUGGUAAAUUAGUAAAAUUUGAUGAUGAUUCUCAACCGUAUCCAUCAACAAUUCCAACAAAAAGACCUGCAACAACAACAACAAAAACAGUUCAACCUAAAUCUAAAUAUAAUCAGAAUUAUACAUCAACAAAGUUUGCUUCUGAUGAUGAUGAUGAUGAUGAUGAUGAAAAAACAAAUACAUAUGACAGUGAUGAUUAUGAUCAACAAACAAAAUCUGGAGUUACUAGUGGUAUUCAACCAUCACCUAGAAAAAAUGUACCAUCAACUGCUGUAAGUACAUUAGUCUCAGGAAAUAUGAGACCAAUAACAACAAAUAAUACAAAAACAAUAUCAGCAAUUGUUAGACCAAAAUCAACAAUGAAUGAAAAUGAAACUGAAAGUAGUGACGAAGAAAGUCAAUCGAGAACAAAUGUAGCAACAAAAACACGAAUUCUUGAUCAAAAAUUAAAUGAAAUAAGUUCAAAAGGACAAAAACCAACUAUCAAUGCUCUUCCACAAGGUUUUCAACCGUCUCGUACAACACUUUCUAAUCAAAAUAAUAAGAACGAUGAUGAUGAUGAUGAUGAUAAUGAUAGUGAUUCAUUAACUUCAAUUCACGAUACAAAUGUUCAGCGAAAACCAUCCGUUGGUACUGUUCCACAAAAUCCAAUUCGACCAUCAAUAACUCAUAAUCAAAAUUUAUCAUCCGGUGAUGCUUCUCAAUAUACUUAUGAUUCAAUAUGGAAAUCACCAGCUGGUAAAGGUCCUGAUCAUCGGCGACCACCAACAGCUGAUUCAGCUAAAACUUCGAAUAUGGAUUCUGAUGAUGAUCUUGAUGGAGAAGAUUCGAAUUAA